UAACCCAAUAUUUUGUGUAUAUUCUUUUUAUCUUAUAGGCAUUACAAUUACUGUGGGCACCGUGAGCAGUAUACCGUUUUUAUAUGGAGCUGAGAAAAUUACCAGAAUCUUUGGUCAUGUUAAUUUGAUUAUUAUUGCUUUCUUUUCACAUGCUGGUCGUUUGGUGGGCUAUUCAUUUAUUGAAAAUGCUUGGUGGUGUUUUCCGUUUGAAGCUAUGGAAGCCUUAUCUUGCCACUUGAUGUGGGUGGCAGCUGCCACUUAUUGUUCAAUUUUAGCUCCCAAAAGUCUUUUGGCCACACUGAUUGGUGUUUUGGGUAUGGCCCACUUCAGUUUGGGUCGUGGUAGUGGUUCCUUUAGUGGUGGUCUAUUAAUUGGGCAAUUUGGCACCAGGGACGCUUUCCGCUAUAUGGGUUUGUUAGCUGUAGUGGGUGGUAUUGCUUACGGUCUGCUGCACUUAGUUUGGCUGCGUAAAUUCGAUCACAACAUGGAUGAUUUGGAGGAAGAGGUUGAAGCAGUUGAAACUGGUGAAACAGAAAAAUUAACAGAACCUGCAACCAAAGAACAGGGCACCUCAAUGUCAUUGGAGCGUUUAUCAUUAAUGAUAAAAUACAAUCAAAUUGGCAGCUUAUCAUCGUUGCCAAGAGGUUCAAGGGGCGAUAUACACGACCAUUUAUCAAUACGUCGCAGCAGUUAUAAUGUUGAAUCAUUACGUUCGCCCAAGCAUGGCAUUGGUAGCGCCUCUAAAGUUGACAUUUUACGUUCGGCAUUGGAAAUAAAUCACAAAUCCUCAAAUAAUUCGGUGCUGAGUAAGACCGAUAACCGUACAUCAAAUCAAUCAUUGGGACGAAAUCGUGCCGACAGCGCACCCAAACUCAAUCAUACGACUAUGAAAAAUAUUUCACAACCAGCCCUGGAGGCGGUUGUAUUAGAGGGUGUAGAAUCAACUUUCUUUCCCAGUCGUAUGAAAAAAUAUCCCAGCGGUUUAUUAACUUCAAUACCAGCAGUGGAUUUAUCUGUCAUACCGAGCUCUAUGCUAAUGUUUAAUGACAUGAUUUUGGCAAAUUAA